AUGUUUCACGAAGGAGACCUCCAGAGCGGUAUCGCGCUGGCCAUGCAGAGCCAGAAGGCGGUGCUGUGCUUCGUGACCGAUGAGGGAGAGACGUCUGCCGAGUGGGAGGCUGCACUGUUUGAGGAGUCGAUUGAAACCGCCAUAAGAGAACAGGCAGUUGCGAUCAAGAUGGACGCUGGCUCACAAGAGGCCGCCUUCCUGACGCCGAUCGCGCCUAUCGAGUCGGUGCCAGCGCUCGUGGUCAUCAGAAAUGCAGCGCUACAAGCCAAUCUACAGGCCGGCAAAGACUCACUCGAAGAUGUCACGCGUGUCAUCAAGUCGACCUUCCAGAUCGGUGCCAUCGUCGGCGAUGCUGCUCGGGAUCAUGUUCCCUCAGAGCCUGUGCAGUCCGCAUCAGAAGCGCCCGCAGAUAGUACCUCUACUUCUACAGCUUCGGUUGGGUACCUCGACCUGCCCUCCUCCGCUGGCCAGCCGCGACUUCCCAACAACGCAUAUGAAGCCCUCCGCGAAUACACCGAAGAUCUCAUGACGCAAGGGAAGACACCACAGCAAAUACUGGAAGCACAAUUGACCGUCCUCGGCAAACUACCCAUCUUCAAGGACGAGGUCCGCCGUCUAACAUCUCUCAAUCCUGGCAGCAAGCCCGAACUCUCACAGACUGCAAGAGAAAGAUUGCUGUUACGCCUACCUGCCGCCGCCAUCAAAGCACAGAUGAAGGCACGGGCUCCGGCGUCUUCUUCGGCAACCACGUCUAGCGCAUCUACAUCGACCUCAACGCCACCAGCAUACGACGCCGUAUACCCACAGUCACAACAACCCAGCACAUCCCAGCCACCCACCAGCACCUCCUCAUCAACGACACCAUCCGCUGUACCACCACAACCGCCAUCAUACGACUCCCUCUCCGCCCCGCAACGCGCCCAACAAGCCGAAUGCCGCCGCCUCCAGAAAGAGCGCGAGCAAAAAGCCCGCGACGAGCGCGAACGCAUCAAAGCCCAGAUCCGCGCCGAUCGUGAAGAACGACGGCGCCGCGAAGCAGUCCAAAAACAGAAUGACGCUGCCAACGCCGCCGCCGUACCCUUCGACGACCCGACCUCAAAGGCCUCGAACACAGCAAACCCCACCACCACCAACAGCUCAAAGCCUCAGAGCGGCCUGGUCCGCGUUCAAGUCCGCACGUUCUCAGGACCACCCCUCUCGACGACCUUUCCACCCACCGCGACAAUCACAACGCACAUCCGCCCAUGGCUCGAUUCCCAACCAGACCCAGACCAUCCCGAAGCACCCUCCAGCCUGACCCGAAACAUUCCUUACGACUUCAAGCUGAUCCUCACGCCCCUGCCCAACCGGAAGAUCGAGGCCGCCGAGGAGGAGCUGUCACUCACUGAGCUCGGCGUCAGGGGCAGUUGCACAUUCGUCAUUGCCCCUGUGAGGGGUUAUGUGGAGAGUUAUGGUGGACACCAUAUGGGAGACGGUGGGUGGGGGAUGGUCAAGGGCGGGUACAAUCUUGUGAGUGGGACGGUCGGGGCGGUGGGGAGUGCGGUCGCGGGGAUCGGGAGGGGCUUGUUCGGAUUCGGUGGUCCUGCGGCGACGCAACAGCAGCAGCAGCAGGCAGGGAUGCAGUCGGAGCAGGGUGGUGAGCAGCAGCGUGGGGAGUCGAGUGGACAGCAGAAUGUGCGGGUCCGAACACUGGCAGAUCAGCGGGCGGACGAGCAGAGGCGGAGGGGGGAUCAGCAGCUCUACAAUGGCAAUGCGCUCAACUUUCAGCCAAGGCGGGAUGGUGAUGAUGCGGAGUUCAAGAAGGACUGA